UAGCCUUACCUACUACUUUUCCAGUUCACUUCCCGUCUUGUAUUUUUUUCAACCCCAUUCUGUGUUCAGAUAUUUAAAUUUUCUUACAACCGUUUGUUUAACUUACAUUAUUUUCUUCGUCUUCUCAAUUUUCCUGCAGUUACAAAAAGCAACACCAUAAUGAAUUCGAUAAUAGUAGCGACUAUUUGUGCUUUGUUCAUUACUUUCAGUGAAGCAGACAUCAAAGAAGGCAGUCUUCCGAAUAUUCCAGCACGUGUUACAGACAUUCCAUUGUUGGCUAACAUCAUAGAUGCGUGCUUGUUGAUGGGAAAGGCUAAUUAUUCAGUGAGCAGCAUGAGUUUGGAUUCACCACAGGUCGGUGGUUGUGUCCAUUUCAACGUAGAAAAAGCAUACAUGGAAAAAACAUUUAACUUGUGGCUUGGCAAUAGCAAGCAACAAUGCGGUCAGGAGGACUCAGGUAUGGAAGAAAUCAAUUUUUCCUGUGACGAAUAUCCCAAGACGUCGACGGUAAAUAACAAUGAUGGAACCAAGUUCGUACGUCUAUACGGCCAAGACGUCAACAAGACUGGUGUGGAAAGUAUCAGAUGUGCCUUGUUCGAGAAGGACGGAAUCAACAGCACAAUUUUCCGCCUAGCAGUGAGUGGUAACAAUUCUUGCUCUGGUUUGGCCGAGCUUUUCGAAGAAAAACUUUCAACGAUCCCCGAAGGAUCCAAUUUUCUACGGUUAACAAGAGACCCAGAACACCAGGAACACCAAUCAAGGGACAGACGUUCGGUGGCAAAUGCUACGUCCACAGUUCAAAACCAGGACUGGUCUACUGUGUGGAUGCUGGGUUGAUAGGUUUUAGUACCUAAACAAUUGAUAGGUUUUAUUACCUAAAAAAUUUUUUUUUCGAUUAUUAACAAUUUUUUUCUUUGUAAAUGGAAUUUCUUUCUUCCAUAAAUAAUAAAAUAAAUAAAUAAUUAUUACAAUAAAAACUUUCAUCAAAUAACCCAAUUGUGCAUUUUAUUUGUCUUGUAAUUGCCAGUAGGCAAACUAACAAAAUAUUUUAAUUUUCUGUAAAAUAAGUGUGCCAUGGAAAUAUUUCUUUUUUUUAUAACAAAAAAUAUAUUAGUUUUGCAUUAUUGGU